AUGCUACGACUCAAUAUUUUAAGUCUGCCGGCUAGUAAACUGAAAUACUCCAGAAAUGUUGCACGCAUAUUGAAUAAACCGAGUAUACGUGCAUUUCACGUUUCAUUGACCGUAAGGUAUGUGGACGAAAAUGUCACACGCUCUUCAAAGGCAGCUACCAUCGAGGAUAAGAAAACAAAAGACAAGCGUACUGCCUUAAACCCGGCAGAUAAUCUGGCAAAUGCCUUUAAAACUCACGACCAUGUACACAUGAGACAGUCAGAGACAGAACAAAAUGAUUCGUAUCAUUUAGGGUCUAACAAACAUAUUUCAAGAAUUUUAUCCAAUCAGCCGAUUCUGGCCUCAAAUAACAAUACCAAUAUGUCACAGAGUCAUGGUCACACACAUACUCAUGAUGCAAAUCCAUUUCUUUUACUAAGUACAGAGGAAAUCAAAAAACAUCCAGGGGUACGAAUAACAUGGAUAGGGCUGGCGAUCAAUGUAGGUAUUGCUCUUGGCAAAUUCGUGGGUGGGAUUGUGUUCCACUCCCAGGCCCUUUUGGCUGACUCUGUACACGCUGCCAGCGAUCUGAUAUCAGAUCUCCUGACUUUGUUCUCAGUAAAGUUUGCCUCUAAGAAAGCCACUGCUGACUUCCCAUACGGUUAUGGUAAGGUUGAAACAGUGGGUUCACUGGCUGUCUCUACAAUUUUAGCAUUAGCAGGUGUAUCUAUUGGCUGGAGUUCGUUGUGUGCUAUCGUUGGACCUAUAAUUCCUCAUACACUUAUUGAAAUAUUUAGUAGUUUUAUGGGACAUUCACAUGGACAUUCACACGGAGUAGUAGAGGGUAUGACUAACAUCAACGCUGCAUGGAUUGCAGGUGGAUCCAUUGUUGUUAAAGAAUGGAUAUUUCAAGCUACUAAAAAGAUUGCCAUUAGUACAAAUUCCAACGUUUUAAUGGCAAACGCUUGGCACCAUAGAGUAGAUUCUUUAACAUCACUUGUAGCUCUAGUUGCAAUUACCUCCAGUUAUUUAUUCCAUGUACAAUCGUUGGAUGCGCUCGGUGGUGUACUUGUAUCCGGUUUAGUCAUUAAGGCCGGUGGUGAAGGCAUGAUGUCCGCCAUAAGAGAAUUGACGGACCAGUCACUUCCGAAUACUGAUGACCGCUACAUCAAGUUACAAGACACUAUCAAAGACUCCUUGACUGAGCUCAUAUCGAACAAUAAUUCCGAUAACCCAUAUAGUAUCAAAAGGUUAACAGUUCUCUCGUCUGGACCGAAUCUACGUGCCGUAGUAGUUUUACAAGUACCCCAGCAGAAAUGGGAUAAUAGAUUAGGAAUCGACGAAUUUGAAAACGUCACAAAGUAUUUACGAGGUAUAGUUAAGAAGAACGUGCCAAACAUCAAUAAGAUAGAUGUUGAGUUUGUGGAAGAGGCUGAAGGUACUGAAAUACUCGAGAAUGAUAUUGAAUUGCACGAGGAACACCACCAUCAUCACACGCAUGAACAUUAG